UCCAAUAUGGUGGAUGUUUUUUUUUAAUUAUUCUUCAUCGAUUUCGUGUUAUAAAUAAUAUAUUCUUCCCAUGAUAAUGGUUUCCUAAGAUAUUUACAUCAUCAUGCUAUUAAAUGGCAUCUCAUUCGUCUAUUUAUACUUGGAAACGACAAGAAAGUAAACCGGUAUUUUCUUCGCGGGGAAAUGUGCAAGAAUGGGUCAAGCAAGUUCAAAAAGCAUGUGAUGAUGCAGCCAAGGAUAUAUUCGGCAAUAAUACCUGUGAGGUAUUAGGUAGAAGAGAUUUCUUUGUUGAUGAUGAUGCUAUCUUAGAAGGUCAAGACAUAAUUGAUUCAUGGAUUCAUACAAAGAACGUAGAUGAUCUACUGGCAGAAUGUGACAUUGAGGAUGAAGUACCCAGCAUACCAUUGGUAUGCUAUGAUAAACCAACACUGUCUGAACAUUCUCGCUAUAACAAUAUACAUAGCUCCAGUCUUUUUGAUUCAGCAAAUCAUUAUAACAAAGUUGGUGAAGAAAAACCAGUUUUUGAAUUAGAUGAUGAUUUUGAUGAGGAUAAUGCUGUUCAUGAAGUGGUUUGCAAUAUGCUGGAAAAGGAUGUGGUUGACGUAUGUUCUGUGAAUGAUGAAACUAUGUUCAAGACCAAGACUAAGAAAUUUAGAGAUCCAACACCAAAGAUGAAAUUAAGACAUGAGCAGGUGAAAGAGAGAGCAAAUCGGAGAAAAAUUGCGUGGAAAAAUGCAAAUUUGAAGAAGAUAAAUAAAAAAACGGUCGAAGAAGAGGCGCGAAAGCAAUUACAACGUGAAGAGAAACAACGUUUGGAUAACAUGAAACGAGAAGAGGAUGAAAUACGGAAGGAAAUGGUGAAAAUAAGGCGUGUUAUGCAAGAAGAAAACGUACAGCGUGCCAAACAAUAUACAAGAAAAAUUGAAAGUGAGGAAAAGGCAACGAAACUCGCUAAGGAAGAUGUUAGAAAACAUCAAGAAGAAAAUGAGGAAAAAUUAAAACGAGAUAAUGAAGCAAAGGAAGUAGCGAGGAGAAAGUUGUUGAUUCAGCAGGAACAAGAAGAAUACAGACAGCGACAAGAUCUUAAGCUUCUUCAAAGCUGUUUCUCUUCAUGGUAUGCUUUGGUCGUUAACAAGCAAAUCAAAUGCGGCAAAGCUCGAGCUUUAUUAGAAUGGAGACGGAAAUUGCGCAUUUGGAAUGCGUGGAGGACUUAUGUUUUACGUUCAAGAAGCGAACGAGAGACGAGGUCCCUUAAUGAAGAAAUGAAAGAACGCCAUCGAAAAGAAGUUCUUGCUGACAGGUUUUAUCGCCAAAUUCUGUUUCAUCGUUGUCUCUCAGCUUGGCUGUCUUGGGUUGAGAAGGCAAAGGAAGAUCGUGCGUUAAAGGAACAGCAUGAUAAGAGAGCUGAGAAAAUAACCACUUUGUUGAAAGCUGCUGCUUCUGGACAGUUGUGCCAAGAUCAGAACGUUGAAGAAGAGACUGGAUCCGAUGUCAAUCCUGUUGAGGAGCUGGAUGGAAUUCCCUCGAAACCGUACGAAGUUACAGGCAUCGAGAGAAACUCUGGUCUUUCAAAAUCUCGAAAAGAAAAUCCUCCAAGACAAGCUUGGCCUCACGAAACAUUGAGGGAAAUGAAGGCUAGAAAUCCAAAGAAGAAACAAAACGCACUGCUAGAAGGCAUCGCUUCAAAGACGACACAGCCAGAAAACAGCAAAAAAGCAAUGCAGGGAGAAGAUAAUCUUCCCAUCGAGAAUACUUCUAAACACCAGAAGAAGGAUUCUCAACCGAAACUAUCGUCUUACAAAAAGAAUGAGGAAAAAAUACAAUCUCAUGAUCCACCGUCAAAUACUGAAAUAAAUGAUAAAAAAUAUAUCAACACUGAAGUUAAAGUUAACACUGAACACAGCAUUAAACGAGAAAGCGAUACAUGUAUAACAAAAAAGAAAGGUUUAGCCGUUGAGGCUUUGCAAAGCAGUCGUUCAACUUCGUCUGCUGAAAGUAAGUCAAAAGUGAUCUCCAAAAAACCGCCUACAAAGCCAUUGCAUUUAGCCAUGGAGGAACGUGCGAAAGCAAGGGCGGAAAGAAAGUCUCUUAUGGAUGCCAAAAAGAGAGCAGUUGAAGAAGAAAAGUUGGCCAAGUUAAAAAAAGAGCAAGAGGAGAAAGAGAGAGAAAUUCUUGCUGAAAAACAAGCAGCUUUACAGAAGAAAAGGGAAGAAAUAAAAUUAACAAAGCAGCGAGAAAUCGAAAAACAACAACGUCUUAAUGAGAUAAAAGAAAUGAACAGAAAAGCCGAUGAGCAUUACCACCGAAUGCUGUUGAGGAAUUUUGGUUUCUUACCUUGGAAGAAAUUGAUCUUGAUUAAGCGCGAAAUGCUGAACAAUGCUGAAGUAUUUUGUAACAGGAAUCUACAAGGGAGUUGCUUUCGUAACUGGCUUGCAUAUACAAGAUCAGAAUGUAAACGAAGGAAUCAUCUUGCUGAUAACCUGUACAAAUCUUCACUUGUUCGUUCUGGAUGGAAGUCAUGGAGAAAGUACCGUAAUCAUCUGGCAGAGAUGGACAGAAUUGCUCAAGAAUUCUCCAAACGUUUUGUUGCUAAAAAAUACAUCAAAAUAUGGCAAGAUUACGUGAUUGAAGAACGACUGAUGUACUGGGAUAAAGAGAACAGGGCUGACGAACACAGCGACAAACGAUUGCUUCGCAAGACGAUGACCUACUGGAAGAAAUACAUCCCACUGCUAAGAGAAGACGAAAAACGUGAAAAACGAAGAAGUGAUUUAAGGAAACAUGUUUUGUCGCUUCUUCCUGAUUUUCAGACCUCACAUCACUCACCAUAGCAUCUUCCGUAUGAGUUUGUCAUUCAUUUUAUUUAUUUUGCUAUAAAAGCUUUUUGGUAGUGUAUACACUACACUAUAGUGUCAAACAUGCACUUGUAUCAUAUGCGUGCUUACAAAUUAAAUAAACUCCGAGAUCAGAAUGUUUGCCAGAAUUGUA